AUGACACCAUCGGUAUCGCGGACGGUGGACAGCGGCAUGCUUUUGAUCCCAAGCUACGAGGACGUGUCGAUGAUCAAAGAAUAUCCGAUGAUGAUUGGCAGUUCGGGACCGUCGCUGCGCACGCAAAAGGGCUUCUUCACAUAUUCGGUUGGCCAGCAACAGAGCAGUCAGCUUCUGGCAUCAGCGGCUCAGGCGUCUUCUUUGGGUGGCGGGCCCCAUGUCCAUCGCAAACUCGACAACACUCAGUUCAGCUACCGAGGACGUUCAUAUGGGGUCGGUGCAUCUAUCGGACUCAUGGACCAAGGAAUCAGGUCGAACAGCCAGGUUGCGGGAUACAUCUACCAAGAAGAGGGCUAUCUGGCAAACGUCACCUGCACAUACAACGCAACUUCCAACUUCACUCUUUCCGGACCAGUCAACGAAUGGAUCUAUGCGGCUUCUGGGAAUCUGCCAGACAGCGAAGAAGGUCCGGAAUACUCAAACUACAUCGGCCACGACGGCAAAGCCAUCGUAGCGAUGGGCGUAGCGUACAGCGACCGUUCGCCUCGCCGCUACCUCGCCAUCGCUGCAGGCUCAGCCUAUUCCUUCCUCAACACCACGCAAUGCGAAUUCGACUUCACCCCCACACUAUUCAACGUCACCGUCGACGUCGGCAAUCUCAACAUCACCGUCAAGCCCGUGCGCACCAUGCCCGAUUUUAAUCCUCAGCGAAACGUCACGCGCACGGUUGUGCGGCAAUUCGAGCUCAUGUCUAACGACAUGACGAAUCUGUAUGUUUCGCUGCUUGGCGAAGCGUUCAAUUCCAGUAUCGCGGCAUACAAGAUGUCAGAGACUUUCAAUAAUCGGACGUUCACUGAAGAAGAAGCAACACUCGCGGGUCUUACUAAUAGCAUGGUUGCUAUGGCUGAUGAUAUGUUGGUUGCGUAUGCCUCUGCGCAGCUAAUGGUUGGACGCAUGUUCACUCAGCAACCAGCGAAGGUCUACGUCUACGCGCUGCAGUUUGGGCAACCGAGUUAUAUCUACGCUAUCUUCACACUAAAUCUCGUUAUCAUUCUCGCGGUUGUGUUUGAGGCCGUGCGCACAGCAGCGUGGUCUGCGCUUGGCCGCUUCAACUACCUUGAUCCACGUGAUCUCAUCGUCGCUGCAUCAAGAGGCGGAGGCGACAUCGCAGCUGCAGCCGACGACAUCAUGGAGCGGAGAGAAGGGAGGAGGAUGAAGCACAUUUGGCUAUUAAGCGAUCCCGACGGAGGCAACGGGUCCCUCAUCGUCAACCUACGGGGCGACCAAGACGGACACGUCAAAAUCGAAGUGGGCGCUGGGCAAUGCGCGAGAAACGCAGAGAGCGCAUACCCGCCAGACGAGAAGAGCAUGUAUGUGGAACAUGGCGCUGAGACAGAGCGGGGGCCGUUGACACCCAAGACACCUAUGAAGAUGAAAGUUGGCAUUUUCGGGUCAAAGCAAUAG